AUGUACCGCGGUGGCCGAUCGGUGGACCGUCGCAUCCUCCCCGACACGCGGCCUAAUAUUGCGAAACCCCCUGUUCAAGUCGAGGGUCGUCGCACCGUGUCUGGCGACGGUCUGCCAAUGAGCCCGGGCCCAUUUGUCAGCGAUACGCCAGCACAAGCAACCCAUUCCUGCCGCCGCUCCGAUCGUCGAUUUUGCUGCUCGUUGGCCGCCCCAUUCGCCCGUCCGCCCGCCCUUCCCCGAACGAUGAACCGCGACAAGGUCCUUUCGCCGGGCGCCAUCGACGACCUGAUCGCCGAUGGACAAAAAAUCGUCAUUAUGGACGAGUACGUCCUGAAGCUGGAUGGAUGGCUCGAUAGGCACCCUGGUGGUCGUCUGGUAAUUCUGCACAUGGUUGGAAAAGAUGCGACGGACGAGAUUCAUGCGUAA